AUGCCUUCUACCGACGCCUCUCGGCUACAGAAACUAUGGCUUGCAGUUCAAACUAAACCAGAGCACGCCACAACCGAGUUCUGGGAGUACGUCCUCCGUCUAAAACAACCGCCCACGGAUGACGUCGACGAUCUUCGUCGCGUUGACUUAUUGGUGAGGAAAAUUGACGAUGAUACUAUUCUGCUCUUUCUAGAGGCCAAAAGAGCCAAUGCUACUCGCGACCAGAUAGAAGUCGUUGAAUACCAAGCUUUCACCGCCUGCUGCGCCCAUCUCUUCCAAACGCAGAAACCAGCCAUCUGGGCAAUGACAUGUGUCGGUUCCAAAGCCAGAAUCUGGGCGUACAAGUGGAAUGACGACUACGUAACACCAAUUUUGCCCCUGGGAGAUGAGCUCUCGGAAAUCGGCCAAUACGCCGAAUAUUCCACUCACAGUAAGGAGCUCGUGGAAGCCCUUAAGCACGUCAAGAAGAACCCUAUUCCAGACAAGGCCACCUUUGAAAACCCACAGUCACCAAGGCCACUUUCCGCUACGCUCCCCGACGGAUGGCAUGACAGAGAGGUCGCCUUCAUGUCCUCCGCCACGUCGUACCAGGCAGAAGCAGACCCUGGAACAGCGCUUCUGCAGCUCCCACGCAGCGGAUGCGUUAGACAGGCCCAGGCAGCUGAUACAUAUCAGGGCAUGCUGGAUCCCAACCAGUCUUACGAGAUUACGGUUGAAAGGUUCGAGAACCGUGUAUAUCAGUGUCUCAGAGUGGUAGAUGGAGCCCGCGUGAAUGUGCCGGAAGGGGGGUGGGGUCAGUGUACCAUCCUGUCAUCAGAGACUCUUUACCCAUGUUACUCUUGGGUAGGCGAAUCGGGGACGCAAUACUUCGCCUGGUCGUUGGGUUCUGAGGAGGCGCGAGGGCAGUAA